GACUGCAGAGAACAAAAGGGAGCAGCCAACAGUACCUCUAUCCUUCGUUUGCUACGCGUCACCCCUCGUUUCUGCCGGCGCCCUGAUGGUCUUUACCGUAUCCAUCUUGUUACCCGUCGUUGAUUAAGACCACCGAGAAAGAGAUUUCCCAUAUGUGAACUGGGGUCCAAGAUGGCAGCCAACGACUACUAUAACAGCUUCAAUCAUACAGACUCGUCCGGCCGUGUCCCUCCGUCGACGCAUUCCUUCAGCCGGCCCACGCCGCCGCCCGUGUAUACUGGACCGACUGAUAUACCUUCGCCGUAUGAGAACCACAACGAGCACCCCAUCAACCACCACAGUCAAGUAUCACUAGCCUCUGAAAAUGACUAUUAUGCGCAGGGCGGUAGACCGCCCACUCACGAUCAAUAUGCGGAUGAUAUCCCGCUCAAAGCGAAUGCCCAACCUGCGAUAGUAAACGAGGCAGAUUGGACGCACCAGAAUACGCAGUAUCCGCCCUCUCCGGAGGGCUUGAACACAUCACCGCAUAGACGUCGAAGGGGUGCUUUGCCCGGGAAACGCGGUUUCUUCAAGAAGAAGAUCCCGUGGGUUACAUGGCUCCUGACAGCUAUAGAUAUUGGUGUCUUUAUCGGAGAACUUGUCAAGAGCGCACAAUUGACUGGAAGUCCCAUCGAGACCAAGCCCACAUUUAACCCCAUGAUCGGUCCUUCGUCGUAUGUUCAGAUCAACAUGGGGGCGCGGUUCAUACCCUGCAUGAAGAAUGUGCCCGGGGUUCAGAAUAAUAAUCAAACCAUCAACUGGAGCUGUCCGAACUCGACUACCACCGAUGCGAACGAUCCCAGCAACCAAUGCACGCUUUCCACACUCUGCGGUUUCAACGGAGUACCCAACCCGCAUCCUGGAGGUUCCCUCGAUGACCGGCCAGAACCUGACCAGUGGUUCCGCUUUAUUGUCCCGAUGUUUCUUCACGGUGGUUUCAUUCAUAUCGGUUUCAAUAUGCUCGUGCAGAUAUCUAUGGGUGCCGAUAUGGAGAGGAUGAUUGGCUGGUGGAGGUAUACACUCGUCUAUCUUGCCAGUGGCAUUUUCGGUUUCGUCCUGGGUGGAAACUAUGCUGCGCAGGGAAUUGCUUCUACAGGAGCGUCCGGAAGUCUGUUUGGUAUCCUAGCUCUCUUCUUGCUGGAUCUCUUCUACACGUGGAAGGAGCGCCAGUCGCCAUGGGUCGAGUUUAUUUUGAUGCUUGUCGGCGUGGGGAUCUCAUUUGUACUCGGUCUGUUGCCCGGAUUGGACAAUUUCUCCCAUAUAGGAGGCUUCAUCAUGGGCCUUGCACUGGGUCUAUGCCUCCUGCGUUCUCCCAAUUGGGUCCGCGAGCGUAUUGGACUGGCUCGGACGCCAUAUGUGGCUAUGAGCGGCGGCGCGGGGCCUGGUACUGCAGAGCCCGAUGAUAAAGCAAAGAAAUUCACCAAGCAGCCUCUCGACUACUUCAAGGGUCGCAAACCGUUCUGGUGGAUCUGGUGGCUGAUUCGGGUGGGCGCGCUGGUCGCAGUGAUAGUCGGUUUCAUUGUGCUCGUAACCAACUUCUACAAGUACCCCAAGUCGAACUGUUCCUGGUGCUACCGGUUGAGUUGUCUGCCUGUGAAGAACUGGUGCACAGAAGGCAAUCUUCAGUUGACUGGUAGCAGUAACUAAGAUACCCCCCUCCCUGGAAGACGAUUGAUCUUCCAUCUUUCAUUGUACAUUCUCCGUUACGAUUAUCCAUAGGGCCGGAUUACGAAAUUCUCCAUCGAGAGAGGCCUGUUGUACCUUUUUCGUUUCUCGUUAUCAGUCCCACUGCAUCGUACAUGGCGUUUCCGGGUAGGAAAAGGCUGGUCAAACAGAGUGCGGGCCUUGCCAUAGCGGCAAGCAUAGGGCUGCGAGUGAUCGUUGGCAGAAUGCUAUCUCGAUCGUGUCGUUUUUAUUCGAAUGUAUUUUCUUUUUUCUUUUUAUUUCUACAGGAUACGCUGAGAUGUCGAAUUGGAUAAUAGCCUGUACGGCUUGCUAGUGACCAUGGCCUCAUCCCAGUAAUGGAAGGACAAUAUAACAGUAGAGAAAAUAAAUAAAUAAAUCAAAAU